AAUCAUUUGAUUUGGUAUUGCAAGCCUUUGAGAUUUAAGUUUUUGGGUCUUUUACCCGUAAUUCAUUGGUUUCCCCUUCAUACCCAUAUGAUCAUUUUUCUUUCAAGAUUUAGAACAACUCAUCAUUUUCGUUUGGGAUCCAGAGGUACAAACAAAACAAGUAUAUUUUAAAAGUGUACUUAUGGUAAUGGAGUUGAAUUUUUUACACCGUCAACAGUCAACUCCUGUAAUAGUUUUGACGGUGGUGGAGUGUGAACUAUUUGUUUCAAGUUUAAAUUUCUACCUGACAGUACCGUAGGCGUCAAGGAGAAGUCCAAAGCUACUGGGCACUUGUACAGAAAAAAGAAUAAUUUUUUGUAUAUACACAUUAUAUUUUUUUUCCCAAGGCAAUUGGGAUUUAAGAAGAGGCAACUAGGCAAGCUAAGCCAGGGGAUAUGGCGUUCCACAGAAUCAGCCAAAAAAGAGAAAAGGAACGUAAAAAAAAGAAGCAAAAAGGGUUUCUGCGAUACUGUUCCUAAGGAAGCUAAAAUCCUCAAAUCUGCUCGGUUGGUAGCCGCUUUGACGAGGGAUUGAUGAAUAUCGAGGCACCAUGGAGACGAGAAUGAAGAAGUACAACCAAUUGAGUCCUGAGAGGGCUAAGGUGUGGACGGAGAAAUCGCCCAAAUAUCAACAGGUUCGGAAGGUGCCUGUGGUUUACUAUCUAUGCAGAAAUAGGCAGCUGGAGCAUCCUCAUUUCAUGGAAGUUCCACUCUCAUCUCCUGAGGGACUGUACUUGAGAGAUGUGAUUAACAGGCUUAACGUUCUCAGAGGAAGAGGGAUGGCUACCUUAUACUCUUGGUCUUGUAAAAGAAGCUACAAGAAUGGAUUUGUUUGGCAUGAUCUCUGCGAAGAUGACCUAAUUCUUCCGGCUCAUGGAAAUGAGUAUGUUCUCAAAGGCUCCGAGCUGUUUGAAGAGUCCACUUCUAGUAAAGACCCUUUCACCUCCAUUGGCAAUAUGAAUAUUCAACCACUGAAGCAAUUACCUGAUCCAGCAUCUUCCCAGAGUCAGGAUGAUUCUUCAUCAUCUUCAAGCAUGAACGGAAAAGAAAUGAAAACUUCUCACGAGGAUGACCUCUCGUUGUCUGUCCUUCGACCUGGUUCAUCAGGCAUGUCUCCAGAUUCUGGAGGUGGAAAGAGUUCAUGGGGUGGUUGUCUUAGCUUGACAGAAUACAAGGUGUACAAGACUGAUGGCUUGUCUGAUGCAUCAACUCAGACUGAGGAAAAUAUUGGCAGACCUAAAACACGAGAAACUUGUACAAGGGGAGUUUCAACAGAUGAUGGGUCCCUAGAACCGGAAUGUAGCCAGACUCCUAGCAAUGUGACUUUAAAUCAAAAGAAAAACUAUGAUGCUCCUCAGGAUUCGGUUUCUCCACCCCAAUUGUCUUCGAGUGCUUCCUCCUCAGGUGGGAAGACUGAAACGUUAGAGUCUCUUAUCAGAGCCGAUGCCAGUAAAAUCAACAGUUUCAGGAUUCUUGAAGAAGAAGAAAUUCGGAUGCCAACCAAUGCAAGACUCAAGGCUACAAACGUGUUAAUGCAACUUAUCUCGUGUGGAUCAAUAUCAGUCAAGGAUCAUAGUUUUGGACUCAUUCCAUCAUACAAACCAAGGUUUUCUCACACCAAAUUUCCCUCCCCAUUAUUCUCUACUACAGUGAUGUUGGGAGAACUCAACUGUCUGUCUGAGAAUCCUAGGAUGAUGGGCUUGAGGUUAGAAGACAAGGAAUAUUUCAGUGGUAGCUUGAUUGAGACUAAAAUGUUGCAAGGGGAUGGGCUGACAACUCUAAAACGAUCAUCUUCAUACAAUGCUGACAGGACAUGUAAGCAAUUGAAUUCAACUGAAGACAAGGAUCAGUCGACCUCUAGCCGCUCAAAGUGCAUUCCACGGGCCAUUAAAGCUUCACUAAGCAAGCAGCCACGAAACGACCCUAUGAAAUCUCCUACUUCUGAUAGGCCAAGAACAUCUUCUGAUGGUGUCGAUAGCUCUCAGAACAUAAGCCCCGCUACCUCCAAUGACAGUAGUAAAAGGAUUACAGAGCCUUGCUCCGGAAGGAAACAGUCUAAGAGGCUAGAUUCCUUUCGAGAAGAGGAAGAGGAUGUGAUUAAGAUCGAAGAAAGGCUUGCUUCAGGAGCUCGGGUUAUAAUCUGGUCGAAAUCAACUUGUAAUAGCACAGAUGUUGGCUGUACUUAGAGCACACUAUGAACAACCAAUGGAUGCCUCCUCUUUUGGCCAAGUUGAAAAGCUCGUUCCCGCCAAGAUCCUACUUUUGAUCAGAUCUACUUCGAAUUCAAUUGAUGUUGAUAAUUUGUUGGUGGGGCCUUGGUGAUUCUGUAUAUCUCUCGAGUGUAAAAAGGAGAAAACCACCAGUCUUCAGCUAGAGGGGCGCGCAGUUUGGCUUUGGGACCAACUCAGAGAUCUUUUGGGUUGGUUGGCUUUUGCUUGUCAGGUCAGCAAAUAUUAAAUGAUAAAAUUGUAACUUUCCUUUAAACUACAGUUACCAUCACUUCUUUUUAUGAUUCCUUCUUUAGCUUUAGAAUAGUUCCUGCAGGCAGAAUCUGUAACAAAAAAGCUAGGGAGGAGUGUCACCCCCUUUAAUAUUAUUUAUAAUUAUUUAGCUCUCUCUCUGGAAGGUUUCCCAACUUCAACAACAUCAUUUUUUCCCCCUUUAAAACAAGUCAACUCGAUUAAGUAAAAAUGCCUGUAAAAACAUGGGUUUUUGCUACCUUCAAAGCAAGAUGAGACGUGAUUCUCCUCAAAA